CCCGUUCAUUUGCAGUGGAUGGGGAAUAACUCUCAAUAACGCUCAUUCUCGUCGCCCGCCGUUUCCACUGAAAACGAGGCUACUUUUUUCACUUAAAUCUGGUACCGCGGGAAUGCAAAAUGGCGGGUGCACCAUCAGGAUUAAUGAAAAAUAAGCUUGAAGCUUACAAAUGCUGUUCAAAUGAUGUCAUUCAUUUUAAGCUUGUGCGAAGCAAAAAAGAUGUAGAAAAUGAAGACAUUGCUUUCAGACCUGAUAUGACACAUCAGUUGUUUGGUGACCAUGAAAGUAUAUUUGGCUACCGUGAUCUUCACUUAGACUUGUUCUACACAGCUGGUGCUCUAAUUACUUACCUGAAAAUAAAGUACCUGGACAAAGUGACCCCAGAAAAAUUUGAUGGAAUUAGCGCCGACGAUGUUGAGAAACCCAUAGCAGAAAUGAUGCCCCCAGGUUACCUGACCAAUAUUGAUGACUUUGUCAGUUCACUUGAAAAAGAACACCUGUUCAGACCCCCUGGAGAAAAAGUAAAUUCAUAUCAAAUUCAUAAAGAUAAUUGUGAACGUACUUUUGAAGUAUUCAAAGCCUCUGUUCUUUCUCCUGGUUUCAAAAAUUAUCAUGAACGCUUGCAAACAUUCCUUUUGUUCUUCAUUGAUGCUGCUUCAUAUAUUGAUAUUGAUGAUGAUCGGUGGACAUUCUAUCUGUUAUUUGAGAAGUAUCAACAAAAUGGUUGUGUGUGCUAUGCUGUAGUUGGUUAUAUGACCGUCUAUAAUUAUUAUGCUUACCUGGAGAAAAUCCGUCCUCGUAUAAGCCAAGUUCUCAUACUGCCCCCCUUCCAGAAAUUAGGUCAUGGUGCCAAACUACUACAGACUUUCUACAAUGACACAUACGAAAGACCAGAAGUGCUUGAUAUCACUGUUGAAGAUCCUUCUGAGAACUUUCAACGAUUACGAGACUUUGUUGAUGUUCGAAACUGUAUGAAACUAUCAUCUUACAAACGUGAGAACCUGUCUAGUGGAUUCUGUGAGAAGAUGUCAACAGAAGCUCGCACAAAGCUGAAACUGAGUAAGCGACAAGCAAGAAGAUGUUAUGAAAUCCUUAGGCUGAAAUCUGUGAAUAUCCAUGAUGAAGAUGAAUUCCGAGCAUAUCGUUUAGAUGUGAAAAAGCGUCUCAAUUUACCAUUUCAUAAAAAUGGUCGGGAUUUCAAAAAACUAGAAACCAUCCUUCAACCUGAUGAAUUAUCAGCCACGAUGCCUAACCUGAACGCUGAACAGAAGUAUGCUCUGCUGGACAAACAAUUCAAUGAGACAGUGCAGAUCUAUCGCCACGUCAUUGAUCGCUUGGAGUGUUUGGCAGAGCCUUAACACAUCAAUAGGUUUGGAUGUUAAAAUGAACGAAUACGUAAUGAAGUAGAAAUCACUUCGACUCCAUUUCUCAUCAAUCUCUCUUCUCCUUUCCUCUCUUUCUCCUCUGCCUUUAGAGUCAUCUUGUCAUUAAUUUACUUGUGCACACACACACAUGCAUAUCUAGAAAUCUGUAUACAUCCAUUAUUGUUAUACAAUGCAUUCGCUUAAAUAUUUAUGAAUAUACAUAAAUGAUUUACGUUAUGUAUGUUUAUAAAUAUACAUAAACACACACAUACAUUUGUAUAGGUAAUUUUUUUUCUCUCUGUAUAACAAGUGUAUUCUAAUUUCAUCCUGUAAUUGCAGUGGUUGUCUUGUUUAAUUACCUCUAGUAUAUACAACUGUAAUCCUGCUAAUAAACUUGCGUUAGUAGCAAUUUUUCUUUGAGAAUUAAUGUCUACUAAUAACUAAAAGUUGUGAAAGAAAAGUUUUUUUU